AUGGCUGACGAGUCGGUCUACUGCCCGGACUGCCACCGCACGACGGAGGUGGUGCUGGACCACGCCACCGGCGACACUAUCUGCACCGAGUGCGCGCUCGUCCUGGAGGCGCACUACAUCGACGAGGGCUCCGAGUGGCGCAACUUCGCCGACGGCGGCGGCGGCGAGGACCGCGACCCGAGCCGCGUCGGCGGUCCCAACGACCCGUUCCUCUCCAACACGCCGCUCGUCACCCGCAUCGCCUACGCCGGCCCGCAGAAGACGCACGGCGAGGGCGGUCACGCGCUUCCGAGGAUGCGGGUCAGCGCCGGCGGCGGCGGCGCGGACCACGAGCAGACGCUGGUGGAUGCGUUCCACGCCAUUGCUGACAUGGCGGACCGCCUCGGCCUCGUCGCCACCAUCCGGGACCGCGCGAAGGACGUCUACAAGAGGCUGGACGAGGCCAAGGCGUGCCCCACCAGGGGCAAGAAGCGGGACGUGUUCUACGCCGCGUGCCUCUACGUCGCGUGCCGCAACGAGGGCAAGCCGCGGACGUACAAGGAGCUGGCCACGGUCACCGCCGCCGGCGCCGCCGCCAAGAAGGAGAUCGGCAAGAUGACCACGCUCAUCAAGAAGGUGCUCGGGGAGGAGGCCGGGCAUGUGAUGGACAUCGGCGUCGUCCGCGCCGCCGACUACAUGCGCCGCUUCUGCUCCCGGCUCGGGAUGGGCAACCAGGAGAUGCGCGCCGCGCAGGAGGCCUCGCGGAGGCUCGAGAACGGCCUCGACGUCCGGCGCAACCCCGAGUCCAUCGCGGCCGCCAUCAGCUACAUGGUCGUGCAGCGCGCCGGCGCCGGCAAGACCGUCCGCGACGUGUCCAUGGCCACCGGCGUCGCCGAGGCCACCAUCAAGGAGGCGCACAAGGACCUCACCCCGCACGCGGACAUGCUCUUCGCCUAG